AUGGAAGCCUUCGAAAUCUCGGUGGUCCACACGUACCUGGACUUCGGGUGGUUUGGCUCGGCGAUUCCCCUCCACAUGGCGGAAUUAUCAGUUAUUCAGGCAAGUAUAGAGGACCCUAUUCCCAUAAAGACGAUCCUUACGGCGGAGGGAGACAUCGCGCUACAAUUUACUAGAGAGGUAACCGAUGUGAGCGCCGACCUCAUCAAUCGGGUUCGAUGGAAGAUUGAUCUUUGUAUCUUGCCAUUGCUUGCUCUCACAACGCUGUUGCAAUUCCUGGAUAAGUCAACCCUGAGUUAUGCGGGAAUCUUCGGUAUCAUCGAUGACUUGGACCUGAAAGGGGACGAGUACUCUUGGUUGGCGAGUAUCUUUUACUUUGUGCAGCCACUUGGAAGCUUCUUGCUGCAGAAGUUCACACCGGCCAAGUGCCUGUCCGCUACUGUGUUUCUCUGGGGCGUCAUUCUAUUUAUGCAUGUUGUAUGCAAGAACUGGUCUGGCCUGAUGGCUGUUCGAUUUUUCCUCGGAAUGGCUGAGGGAAUUGUCACCCCCGCAUUCAUGCUGAUCAGCACCGGCUGGUACGCUCGUCGAGACCAGCCACUUCGAAUGGGUGUCUGGUUCUCCUUCAACGGUCUGGCCCAAAUCGUCGGUGGUUUGCUCUCCUACGGACUGGGGCAUAUUCAUGUGAACAAUAUCGCGCCCUGGAAAUGGAUGUUCAUCGUGACAGCCGCGCUGUCGAUCAUCUGGUCGAUCGUGCUUUUUUUGAUGUUGCCUGAUUCUCAGUUGACAGCGUGGUUCUUGAAGGACAAUGCCGAGAAACAUGCGGCUAUUGAGAUGAUUCGCGAGAAUAACACUGGAAUCCACAGUAGGAAGUUCAAGAAAGAGCAGCUGGUGGAAGCACUGUUGGACCCCAUGACCUGGAUGUUGUUCUUCAUGGCCCUCGUCUGGAACAUUCCAAAUUCCAUCGCGACGUUUGGAAACCUCCUCGUGAAAGACUUUGGAUACUCUACUCUUGAAACAACCUUGCUCGGAAUGCCGGCGGGAGCUUUUGAAUUCAUUCUUAUGCUGAUUAUUACCUACGUGUGUAUCUCAUUUGCCAAUACUCGUGUGUACUGCAUGACAGCGGCCUUGGUUCUUGCCUUGGUAGGAUCCAUCCUAGUCUAUGCAGCACCGUACCAUAACAAAGCUGCUCUCCUUGCAGGCUACUACUUGAUUUAUGCCUUCCCAACUGGUUAUAUCCUUCUUCUAUCAAUGGCUUCUGCCAAUAUCGCGGGUCACACGAAAAAGGUUACUGUCAAUUCUAUCAUCAUGAUCGGAUAUUGUGUCGGAAAUAUCGCUGGGCCUCAAUUCUGGAAAACCGAACAAGCACCUCGAUACGGCCUUGGAGUUGGAUCUUGUCUCGUGUCAUUUGUUAUACUCAUCGUGUUGGUUUUGAUAAUGAGAAUCUAUCUCCAUGUGUUGAACAAGAGACGUCAGUCCGACCAGCCAAUGUCAGAGGCUGCUAUUGAGAAUGUGGAGUUCUUUGAUUUGACAGACAAGAUCAACCCUACCUUUGUGUCGGAAAUCCACUGGCAAGCCCAACUACAGCUAAUUUAA